CACUGCCAAACGCAAAUGUGGAUUAAGAAAUCCUGAGGUGAACCUGAGUGUGAAUAAGUGAAUACGGUGUAAGUCGGGUGAGGAGGUGAGGUGGUGAGGUACUAGGUGAGGUAUUAGGGAAUGGUUUUUCCUCAUACCUGGAGUCUGGAGACGGGGGCUGACGGUUAAUAAACCAUUUGUAUGGUGUCGUGUUGAAGAGCACAGCCUUGAGCAACACAUUUCAGAGGUGUGUGAGGUAUUGGACGAGGUGACGGGUGGUGAGGUGGCUGCUGUGUGUGUCUUCUGAAUGUUAUUCUCCAGACUGUGGAGGACUGCUCGGGAAAGCCAAAGGCUGUAAAAUGAGGAGGAGCAUCGACUGCACCAAGAGCCGUGGUCUGGAUGAAGCCCAUCUAGAACUCGACAUCAACCGGAACCUCAACGGAACCAGCCCAGCGAAGAAUUCCACCAUAGAGGAGGAGGGGGAUCGUAUAGAUGGACUCAGCCGAAACAGUUUCAAGAACCACAAGAAAACAUUUCACAAACAUUUCCCAGAGAUCGCUGAGCUGGAGGAAUUGACCAGUGCUUUCACCUGUGCCAUCCAGAAGGAGGUGCUGUACCAUGGCAGGAUGUACAUCUCUGAGCAUCAUGUGUGUUUCCACUCUUCUGUCCUGCUGAAAGAGACCAAGGUUGUGAUUCCCGCUUCCACAAUCCAGGUGAUAAAGAAGAAGAACACAGCACGGGUUGUGCCCAACGCGAUUUCAAUCAUCACCAACAACACAGAGAAGCACCUAUUUGUGUCGAUACGGAACAGAGACGUGUGUUUCAAACUCCUGCAGCUGAUAUGCCCACAUCUACAGACUGGAAGUGCUAACGGCAGCCCACAGAUGUCUUCUGUAGAAAACGUCCACGAACUAGAAAUUGACACAAUUUCCAGUCACUCCAGUCAGGAAGACAAUGGAGACCAUCGCAGAGUGUCUCUUCCAGAGCGAGACAAAAUCCCCCUGUCCUCCUUCUCAGUCUCAGACAUCCCCAACGGUCAGGCCGAAAACGGCUCCACAUCACAGAGCGAACCUAGCAGGACAGAAGGUCACUCUACAGAGGAGAUACAGAAGGAUACAGAAACUGUCUCCUGGGUCACCAUGGUAACAGAGAAGAUCAGAUCAGCCGUGUCCACGAGAACGACGAGCCAACUCAACAAACUGCUCACCGUCUAUCUGCUGCUAGUGCUGCUCCUGCUGCUGACAUCUGGCUACAUUGGUCUGCGCAUCGUGGCUUUGGAGGAGCAGCUGAACACACUUGGAUCUUUGCCUGAAUUUAGCCUUCAAACAGAGUACAAGGAAUCAUAACUGUUCAUAUGGGGAAAGUGGCUGAAAGACUCCUGAGGGGGGAAAAACGAAGAAAUCUAAAUGUCUUCGAAAAACGCAACAAGAUGUCUUCUUAGAAGGAGUGAGCUGAUCCAGGAACAGCUCUAAAAGAGCAGGUCUACCCAGACUCCAGCUGCACCGUGAAUACAGAUACCCAGCAGACCAAACUGAACCGAGUGUUAUAAACUGGGAUCUGGAGACACUUGGGGGCAACAUGUUAAGAUGAGAUCCACUGAGUUUCAGUACUGCUUAUAACAUGCCCUUAUUACCCUGUACAUUACCCUCAGCAAAUUCUACCCUUUGGAAAAACUCCCUGUGUGCUCAUUGCUAUCUUACACCCAACAGUCUAUUUUAAUACCUUCAACCUGUGUUGUUUGAAUAGCAAUGGUGCUUGUGCCAUAUCUACAUACUGAUAGUGUGGGAGGUUUGGGGAGCACAAUCAUUAUGCAAAUAACUAAUGCUAGGAGCCAAUAGGAAAGAUAUACUUUUUGUGUACUAAUAAAGGUUAGGUACUUUACCUUAAAUGUUUUAGUGAACUGUCCCCAAACAGAGUGAGUGUACACAUAUAAGACAUUAGCACAUUUGCUGUGUGUGGCAAAGUGAUUAAUAUGGUACUUCAGGCAGGUGCUAUCAUGUUGUGAUCACAGUAGUGACUACAGGAUGUUGCUAUGUGUUGGCAAGCCACCUUGGUAACCCAGAUAGUUCAUAUGGUGUCUCAUGUGGUUGCUCAGGUGUUGUCAAUGGUUUCAUGUGGUUGGUUUAGUGGUUUAGGGAAUUUAAAGGGUUCCAAACCUUUGAAUCCUAGUUGUUCCUAUGGGGAAACAUUCUGCAAAUCUAUUGACACUCUGAAAAGGACGCAUUGGAUCCUAAAAAAACAUCACACAAUCAGACAGAAACACUUUAGAGUUGUGAUUUUUGUUGAGUUGGGCAAUCAGCAAAUUUAUUAAGAGCAUGUUAAAACCAGUACUGAAAUAGACCACAAGUUGCCUGAAUUGAACCAAACCUUUCAAAGGAGCAGUAUCAGAUAAUUGUACAGCCACAUUUCUAAGUGAGCUGAGCCCCAAUCAGUUUCGACCUUUCACAAAAUGAUCAUUUUUAUGAAAUCACAAAAGCUUUGUCCUUUGUUCUAGCUUUCAGUCUUUUUGCUGUACAUAGGAGCGUAGCUGACAAAAUAAAUAAGCUUUCAAUAUGAGAAUGCAAUGCCAGGUUCACACUACACAACUUCUUCAGCUUUUAAUCAGCAAUCUUUUUAGUUGUCGUUGUUUCUACACGUGACUGAUCAGUGAUUAACACGGUAAGUCACAAAUUAAAAAAGCAGCAUCCCAAUCAAACACACAAACAAAAAAGUGUUGAAUAUAAUAUAAAUAUCCUCCAUAUAUACUCAGAACCUGGUGAGUUUUUGAGCGUGGCAGUGAUAGACACUAUUAUCUAGACACUAUUAUCCCCCUAUGUAAUGCGUAACUGAAUGGGAGGAGCUAUUUACAUCUGGAACAAGUUUAAAAAACAAAUGGCAGAUAAUGAGGUUAGUACAGUUUUUAACGUUUUGUCUACUUAAAUGCCAAAAUUACACCAUUAACGGUCUAAUUCCAUCGUUUUUAAAUUCAUUUAAAACAGUCUAGUUGUGGUCUCUAGUAUGAAUAAAUGGCAUGUGAGGUGUUUUUUAUAUAUAUAUAUAUAAAAAAUGCUCAGGUGUUUCAAUGUAGCCCUGCUUUAAAUCACUGAAUUAGAGGUCUCUGAAGAAAGACAGGAUUUGGCUCUUGUUCAUGAAUAUUCAUGCAUACAAAUAUAACGCCGCUGAUUGGCUAACAGAACUGCAACAGAAUACGUGUACCUGCCUUUCCCCUCACAGUCAAUUUUACAGCUUUAAAACUCAAAGGGCAAAAUGUUUUCAGAAAUACGUAUAUUUAAGGUCUCGGUAAAACGCGGAAUCAACCGGAGAUCCGAUUUAAACCUAUAGUUACUACUUACACAGGAUAGCUAAAGCUAAAUAGCUUUGUAAACAGAUCUGUAAACAGAGCUGUAAGUUCCACCUGUGAGCAGUCCUGAGCCGAGGUGGGAGAGGCCAUGAACUCACUGAUUGACGUCGACACCCUAACAUCUCUCUGAUCAACACAGUGCAGCAUGUAUUUACAACUCAGAGAGACCUAUAGUAUUUUACAAAGAACAAGAAAAAGUGAAUUUUAACGGAAGGAAACCUUUAAGAUUAAUAUAUAGGAUAUGAACACUUUCUUUUACCAGGAAGAACUCUCGCUGAAUUCCAUUCACAACACUUUUUUAAUACUAGUGGAUUUUAGAGUUUUAGUUGCUGACUGGUGCAGAUAUCAAACCUGCUAGAUAUUUCUCAUGGUCUUUGCAAGGCAUCAGCAGUUACUUCACACACAGUGACCGAAUGAGCAUCGAGUAAAUGCCAAUUUCUCUCCAACCUGAGACGUGUGUUACCAAUCUCCAUAAACAAAAUCAGGGCUUAAAUCAUGUAGUGUGAACCUGUCAUAAUAAGCAUAGAGAUACUGUACAUGAUCCACUAUCAGACAGAAAUAUUACUGUUUAUACUGAGAUGAUUCUAAAAUGGUACUCAGAAGCUCUUUUGAUAAAUCUUUUCACGAAUUCUGUUUUAUGACCACAUUUUACAUUUUACUUUUUCAUUUACUGACGAUCUUAUUUUUUCGUGAUAUUUUAAAUUCAUUUGAAAACUGUUUUUGAAAUAAAAUGUUAAAUUAUGGUAAAAA